AUGGCGGUGUCUGCCGGAUACAGCCAGGCUUCCAGGCUGGCGUCGGCAUUUCAUGGCUGCGCUGCAAAGAUUGGUCCAUCCGUACUGGAUUGCGACUCUUCCAUGCUGGCGACAGAGGCUGGUCGUGCUUUACGAGCCGGUGCCGACUACUUGCACUUGGAUGUCAUGGAUGGUAAUUUUGUUCCGGCCAUCUCUUUCGGACCGAAGGUGAUCGCCAACUUGCGCCUGCAUCACCCGAAGGUCUUCUUUGAUUGCCACUUGAUGGUCCAGAAGCCGGAGGAGCAAGUAGAGGCCUUCGCCGAGGCCAAAGCCGUCCAUCCAGAAACGGGCAAGAACUUGAUGCAGUUCAUCUUUCACAUUGAAGCCACAGAGCCCAGAGGACUGACACAGACCGUCAUCGACCUGGUGAGGAAGCAUGGAAUGCUGGUGGGACUUGCGCUAAGUCCAGCCACGCCGAUUGAGCAAUUGGAACCUUACCUUCACCAGGUGGACGUGGUGCUUAUCCUGACAGUUGUGCCGGGGAAGGGCGGGCAGUCCUUCAUGGUAGACAUGAUGGAGAAAGUUCGAUACGUGCGUUCGAGGUAUCCAGACAAGGAAAUUGAGGUGGACGGUGGCGUCAAGGUGCACACUGUAGAUGAAGCUGCAAAAGCGGGUGCCAACAUGAUUGUCUCUGGCACUGGAGUCUACAAGGUGGACGAUAUGGCAUUAGCAAUCGCCACGAUGAAAAGAAGUGUGGAGCUCUAUGGAAACGGCCUCUCCGAAGAAAAAGUCUCACCCCUAAGAUACGACAAAGACAUCUUUAGAUGA